GCCCCCUCCUGGUUCACAUCCACACUGAUGGCCCGACGCCUACUGGCUCUCUCCACUACCGGUGUCGUCUCGACCAUAUUCCCCGACCCGGCCCCGGACAAAUCCCACACCCCGGCCUCCCUUGCCGGCCAAUCCGUCAGCCUGCGCGAAUACAUCUCGGACUGCGAUGAGCAGCUCCCCUCCGACUCGGGCCACGGCGGCAACGGCGAUCCAACCCUCCUGGGCCUGCAUGUGUCCACCACCUUCCGUAACAUCGCCGCGGGAUCCAACCUCAGCGUCUCGAUUGACUGGUGGGACCACGUCAACGACACCAAGCCCGUCUUCCCCGGUUUCCCGCUCAGCGAGGCCGGACUGCCGCGCGUGACACUGUUCGGAUACGUCGAGGAAUUCCCGACCCCGGUGCCCGCGGAGACGCAGGAAGCGCUGAAAUCGUGCUAUCUGCAGGCGCAUCCCGACGCGCGGGUCUGGUUGCCCGGGCGCCCGGGGUCGCCGCAUUCGAGCUUCUGGGCGCGGAUGGUCGUUACGGAGGUGUACUGGAUCGGCGGAUUUGGAGGAUUGCAGCAGAUCGGAUGGAUGAAUGUGACGGAGUGGGCGGGGAUUCGCAGGAAGGGGAGUUUGGCCGGUGUAGGCGAUGGUCGGGGAUGGCAGGAUGUGCGGCUUCCGGGCGAGAAA